AUGAUGAUUGAUGGUCCUAAUGACCUCCUCACUCUUGAUAGAAAUUACUGGCACAACUUAUCAGGUCGCGCACCAAAGAUUAGUGGUACUGGUGCCGUCGCUCAAAUUACCAACAACUACAUGGCCAAUAAUGCUGAUCACGAUUUCGAAACUUAUGACGGAACUUAUACACUCAUUGAAGGCAACGUUCUCGAGGGUGAUACUUUACAUUUCAGUGGUGAAGGUGGUAAUGUUUGGAAUGUUCCCGAUUCUGCAUCUUCCACUGCUUGUGCAUCUUAUCUUGGUCGCAAUUGUCCACUUAACACCAUCACAAAUUCUGGUACUUGGCCCAGUCUUAAAGUCACAUCGGCUUUGGCUAAAUUUAAGCAAUAUGAUUCAUCUUACUUGGUUACUCCUACUUCAGCCAGUGUUGUCAAGGCCAGUAUUGUAGCCAAUGCAGGUAUUGGAAAGAUUCAAAUGUAG